GGCCGUCACCAAUGAGCUGAACCAUCUGGAAUUGUACCUGAGCGAAAAGAGCGACAAAAAGACGGAUCUGUACGAGCUGGUGCAGUACUCGCACACCAUAGUGCCCCGACUGUAUUUGCUGAUCACAGUGGGCAUUGUGGGCAAAAAACGACUCGACGCUCAAGCGCAGCAUACUCAAGGAUCUGGUGGAGAUGUGUCGCGGAGUGCAGCAUCCCUUGAGGGGGAUUUUCCUUCGCAACUAUUUGCUGCAGUGCACCCGCAACAUUCUGCCCGAUGUGAUGGUCGCAGAAAACGAGCACGAGGUCAAUGUCUACGAUGCCAUUGACUUUGUGCUGACAAACUUUGCAGAGAUGAACAAGCUGUGGGUGCGCAUGCAGCACCAGGGACACUCCAGCGAGAAGACUAGGCGGGAGAAAGAGCGCGAGGAGCUCAAAAUACUGGUGGGCACAAACCUAGUGCGCCUCUCGCAGCUGGAGUCGGCCACCCUGGAGACGUACCAGCGGCUCGUUCUACCCGGAAUCUUGGAGCAGGUUGUUAGCUGUCGGGAUGCCAUUGCCCAGGAGUAUCUCAUGGAGUGCAUCAUCCAAGUGUUUCCCGAUGAGUUCCAUCUGCAGACACUGGACCCAUUUCUAAAGUCCUGCGCCCAGCUGGAAACGGGUGUGAACGUAAAGAAUAUUAUUAUAUCGUUGAUUGAGCGUCUACAUUGCCUACAACCAGAGGAGUGGCAAGACCAGCGGCAAUGGCAUCGAUGCCAUCAUUCCCGCUGAAGUGGAACUCUUUGAGGUCUUUAGCAUUCAGGUGGCCAACAUUGUGCAGAUGCGCCAUGACAUGCCACUGGAGGACACC